AUGAAGAUUGACGAUAUUGUCAAGUUGAUCUGGUGGAGGCGCCAAUAUCAAGCCAUUUUGACACCUCGCAGCUACAGAGAUAGCGAAGACUCUGAAUCAGACAAAAUCUUAGAAAGCAAGGCUCCUAUCAAUGGCGAGUCUUUGAAGCUCUCUUCCCGAUGGCUACUACUCACCUUGGCCAAUAUGGUGCUUUUACUCGCCUCCAUCACCGUGCUGAUAUACUUGGAAUCAGCAAACAGUGACGGAAGUGCUGUAAGAAGAGUUUCUGCUUGGUCCCCAGUCUUAAAUCGGUUCGACGUUCCGCUGAUUGAUAUUGUCGUCAAUGGAACAUUUCUCCCCAAAUAUCAUGUAUCGCUGGCAAGAGAAGCCCCGAGCAAAGAAAACGAUGCCCGUUGGGACGAAUAUGAACAAGUCCGCACUCUCAUAGCCUCCAGACAGGAUAUUAUAAGGCUUGGUCGAGAUCCCGACAAGGUCGCCAAGUUUGAACAAGACUAUUGGGACCUUGGAGAUGAUGCGUACAUGGUCCAGCUGGAUGCGAUGCAUCAAAUCCACUGCCUCAACUCAUUGCGGCGCGCUGCUUUCAAGGAAUAUCCUGGCUACGAACCAAAGGCCGACGUUCUAAGCGGCAUCAUGCGUUGGACGCAUCUUGCCCAUUGUGUUGACAUCUUGCUUCAAUCGCUCAAGUGUAAUGCCAAUACAGAGGUUCUUACUCUGUCUUGGAUGCACAAUCAUACGAUGCCGUGGCCAGAUUUCAGCUUGAAUCGCAAGUGUCGGGAUUUCGAUGCACUGGUGGACUGGGAAAAGAAGCAUUCUGUUGAUAUUCACAAAUUUGCUCGUAUGCCUGUUCCAGAGAAUGUCUACAAGUGGCCAUAUGCCAUGAACACCAAGGAGUUUGAGUUGACCUUUGCCACGGACCCCGAGUAUGAGGAACGAGGACACUUGUGA